CAAAUGUUUAAAUUAAAAUUAAAACGUACUUAUUGUGAUAUGAAAUUACUAAUUUUAAAUUGAUUUGAGUUACAGUUACAGUUACAGUUUGGAGUUUCAGUUAGUAAGAGUAGUAAGAGUAAGUUGUGUUAGUGUUACUAACUUAGUUAUGAUGAAUAUAUAACUUUAACUUUAUUAUUAUAGUUUUAUUUUUAUAAAUAUUAAUAAGUCAAGUCAGCUAAUUUGGAGAGAUAGCACCCUGACGUCAUUUGCGUGUUUUGUCCCUGGUUCUGAUAAGGUCAAAACCCUGGUUCUGAUAGAGUCAAAACCCUGGUUCCGAUAGGCGGAUAGGGUCAAAACCCUGGUUUCCGAUAGGUGGAUUGGGUCAAAACCCAGGUUAGGUUUAGGGAUACAUUUAAGGUUCAGGUUAGGUUUAGGGAUACAUUUAGGGUUCAGGUUAGGUUCAGUGACAGUGAAUUAUAAAAGUUCACAGGUCGUGGCAACCAAGAAGCCGGCCGUGUGAUUUGUGAUGGCUCCAAUUGUCUGCAUAUACCGUUAUUGUCAUUGGCAUUGGAUGGGAUGAUUGCAGAAAAGUGGCUAGUGCCAGUGGUCAGUGGGAUUAAAGUUAAUGUUGCCAGGUGUCCACUAUUUGAGCGGACAGUCCGCAUUUUUUACAUUAUGUUCACUUUUUUUUUUUCACAAAAUAGUGGACAUUUUUUUAAUUCAAAAGCUUUAUGAUAAAAUGGUUCCAAAAUCUAAAGCUGUACGGUCUAAGAGAAUAGGGUUAGGAGAAUCGCAUUUUGUCUUUUUUUUCAUAAGUUAGAAUGAGACAAAGAUCAAAUAUCCAUUGAACUCGAUUCUCCUAAAAUAAUUAUUAAUCAUACGAUGAUAUUCAAUUGUUUCAAGACAUUUAAUAAAAGUAAAUAAAAUUAUUUGCGUAAUAUUUUUCUUAACUCGCAUUUACCUAUUAUUUUUAUGUUAUACUUUUUUCUUAGUUGGAUAGGUAUGUGUUGGAACACUCAAUAACUUAUCAUCAUUUGAGGUUCAAUGAUUACUAGCCUCAAUAUGUAGAGUAUGAAUUUGUCAAACCAAAGACUUUGUUGAAGCAUUAUAAACAUAAAAGUUAAUCAUUUUUUUCAUGUAAAUACUAUUUUGCUGUGUUCUAAUUAAACCUAUAAAUUAUCAGCAGCCCAUAGCCAAAAUAGCCAAGAAAACUUAGAAAGGGCAGAACAAUGAAUAUUUCAUCAUUCUUGAAUUUGUUCCGAAAGAUAAAUUCAUGGAUGUAUCAAAUGUAUGUCUAAGUCUACUAGUAUACUAGUGCCGCUAAACUAAAAGAACUGGGACUUUUUUUUCAGUUUCAGUUUGACACUGAAAAUUGAACUGGCCUGGGAUUUCCUUCUUUACUCUUUUACUUUUAUAUCUAGUAAAUCUUGUAAUUAAAAAAAAUGAGUGAGAGUAAAUCAUCUAUUAUGUGUGAUAGGACAGUGUUUAAACUAGACAACCAAAAGUUGCACAAUGUUCAAUACAUUCCACAAAUUUGAAAUCGGGCACCUAAACUGGAAAUUACCCACAAGUGCAGGGGCCUAAAAAAAGCCUACUAUGACCAAUUAUUAAAUAAAAUAGCCUAUUUAAAUUUACUCAUCAGUAAUUUUAUAAAUUUGUUGUAGGCUAUUGUACGCCUAUAUUAAUAAUUAUUCUUUACUUAGUGGCUAAAGGCAAGGGUAGGCUAACUAAACACUCCUUCAUUGUUACAUUGUUACUCAAAACUUUAUCAGUCUAUCAGUGAGUAGCCUUAAUACUAGUAGAUAAACUAUAAAGUAGGUAGCCUGUGGCUAAAGUCCUAAGCCUAAGCAAUUGUUUAUUUUAAACUUUAAUUACAUAUUUUUAUAAGCCAGACUACAAAUGUGUGAGAGUAGAGGUGGAGAAUUAAUUAUAAAUAAUAGUAAAAUACUGGAGAGAUGGGCUGAAUAUUUGAGGGCAUACUUAAUGCAGAAAAUGGACAAAAUGAAGAUUAAAAAAACAACAACACAUAAAGGACCAGACCCCUUAAUAACUAGACACAAACUUUUAACUAAAAUCUGCCAAGAAAAGAAAAUUCUUAAAUGAAAGAAAUGACUUACUAUAGUAACAGAAAUAAAAGAAAGAAUAGCUGGAAACAAGGCAUACUUAAGUAGUCACAAAAUAAUCAAAAAAAAUUACAAGAAAAACAUACACCAAUGAUAAGAUACAUGGGAGAAAAAAUUACCCUGGAAAGUAUACAGAACAAGAAAGGAUGAAUAUGGAUGGAGUAUAUGAACCAAAAAGAAAUUGUGUGGACUAUAACCAUAACAGGCUGCCAUGCUACAAGUAGAAAUAAAAAAGGGCAGGCUGGGCUGGGGGGGGGGGGUGUUGCAUUUAGAAAGAAUGCCAAAUGACAAAGAAGUGAAGAGGGUGCAUCACCAAAACCCCAGAGGACAAUGGCUUGGAUGGAUAGAUGAUGUGGAAAAAAAUCUACAGCAGCUGAGAAUCUUAGCAUGGAAAAGAAAAGGUCUGAGUGGAAGGAAGUGGUGAGGCAGGCCAAUGAUUGCAUUAAUUGUAAUUGUAGAUGUGUGUUCGCGAUGAAGCAAUAAUGCAAAUUUAUGCAUCUCAGCUGACACUGAAUUAGCUAAACUUUAAGUGGAUAAAAUUUUGCCAAAUAGGGUUUUAAAAAUAAAAAUAAUAACAGUGAACAGAAUGCUCUUUUCAUUAUUAUUAAAUUAAUACUGGCGUCUAAUAAUACUCAAGUCUAAUUCUACUAGUAGUCGAAGUAGACUCGACUGUAUUUUUUACCGUCCCUUUUUCUAAUGAUCUACUAAUGAUACUUGAAUUUUAUUGUGAAAGUCAGAUAAGGAUCCUUUAAAAUUGUAAUAUUAUUUUCAUAAUUUAUAUCACUACUACUGACAGUUAAAAAAAAAAAUUUGUAUUCAUUGACUCUUACUAUAUGUUCAUUAUUUCCUUUUAUUGUCAUUGCAUGCAAUAGUUUCAGUAAAUUUACUUUUUUAAAUAUCAUGGGGUCAAAACUUUUAAUAGUAUAUUUCUUUUUUUUGCAUGGUCCUUUAGUCAUCUUGAAUAUUUUACAAUAAAUAAAAACUAAAGAUUCAUGAACAAUUUUUGUACAUUAUAUUAUUAUUUCUGGGAGCCAGACAUGCUAUUUUCAGUGCAUUGAUUUCUAUUCAACAGUACAAUUGAAACUUGUCUGGUGACUAAUAGAUGUGCACAUAGCAAAAUUUAACUAUGGGAUUUAUUGGUUUUAAAGACAUAAAUUUAAUUUUUUUAAAACUUCAAUACUGUGUGAUCAUUCUUAGUGGUUGGAGUAAAUUAAUAAUGGUUGGUAAUUUAAUAUUAAUUAAAGUAGAAUUUAUAAUAAAUCUUAGCAUUUCUUUGGUAUGAACAAUAGGAAUCUUGAUUUCUUUCCAUCCACCAUCCACCUAAAAACUCUAACCAUUAUUAUUUUGCAGGUGAAAAUUUCAUUAGAAAACUAUGGAUGCAAAAGAAAUCAAAACAUGUUUAAAAGGGGCAAGAGACGCAAUUCGAGAAAAAGAUUAUAAAGAAGCUCUUCGGCAAAGCAAGGUUGGGUCAACAUAAAUUAUUAAUAUUAAUUUAUGGUUCCUAUGUUAAUUUUAUGAAAAAAUUAAUCAAAGCAGUGUGAUAAUAACAUGAAAAAAUCAAACAUUUAAAUGUUUAAUGAAAGUAGUUUUAUCAGAAAACCCAAAAAUGUCUAUAAAAAAAAAAAUAUGCCCUAAUUAAUUUAAAAUAAGAUGAUAUGAACUAUGAUCUUAUUGAAAAUUCAGUUAAUUUGAAGGAAAUAGUUUAAUCAAUGCUUUGUUAAAUUAGGAAACUAAACAAAUUAACAAACUAUUAAAGUGAAUAAUAGCAUUAGGUUAAAGACUUUGGUAGCUACGUGCAGUUUAGCCAGAUUGAAAAUAAUUUUUUAAAUCUAUAAUUUAGUUAUGUCAUGUGUAAUUAUUUAAGAGAUAUCUAUUAAAAAAGGUGAAUUUAAAUUUUUAAACAAUUUUACUAUCUCUAAUAAUUAAAAUAUAAUCCCCACCCUGUUUUUCCCUAUUUACUGACCGUACCAUUUUAAAAUGAAAUGAUUUAGCUGCUUUAAGAGUAUGUGUGGUUUCAACUCAUUUGGUAUUCCAUAAAACAUUAAACCUAAAAAAUCAAACCAGCAGAAAUUAACAUGUGGUAAAGGUGGCUGUUUUGUCAUUAGUUGCUACUCUUCAAUAACUCACUCUCAUUAUGUUGCUCCCUGCAUUGAUUCUUUUCAAAACCAGGCUGUGCUUGCUGUAGAGAAAGAUAAUUACAAUGCUCUUGUAUUUGUGGGCCUGGCAGCAGAGGGUAUGGACCAGCCAGAACAGGGAUUAAAGGCCUACAAGCGAGCAGCUGAAAGACAACCGGAGCAGCUCCUUGCAUGGCAGGUAAACAUGAAUGUUGUGCUUCAAAAUCUAUUUUGGAGUGUUUCAACAAUAAAAUUUUAAUUGAUUGUGAAUGUAUAAUUGAUACAGCUUUCUAAUGUUAUUCACCUAGGGGGUGGGGUGGGGGGAGGGGUGGGGGCAGAGUGUCUAUACAUUUCCAAGGUAUGUUAAAUGGACAUGUAAUAGGGCUCUCAGUUACAUCCUAGAGGUUUAUUGCUCCGCUACCCAGAUAAAAUGUUAAUCUGUGCGCAACAACUUGUGUCGAAGCAGAGCAGGUUUGCUAUUUGUAAAAAAUUACAGAAGGCUCAACUUCAGAUCACACUACUGCCAUCCUAAAAACACUGAAUUAUUUACCUUAUCAAUACAAAAUAAAAUAAAUUAAUCUAACGAUCUUAUUAAUAUUGUAAUUAAUUAUAUUAAGUUAUUAUAAGAGUGUUUGAAAUCAUCCUCUGCAAAUAAACUAAAUAUAUGCAAUGGAUUUUAUUUAUUAUUCCUGAAAAGAAAAUCUAUAUAAUUAUAUAUUUUUGGAAGUAAGAUACAAGGCCAAUUUUGUCCAGCUACAUUUGGCUUUCACUUAAUCUUCCUACAUUGUACAUGCUUUCUGAUGACCUCACUGCCAUAAAGACCUUCUUGAGGACAGAUACGAAGCAGACAAUAUCUACAUUUUUGAGACAUCGCUGUUUACUAUACAUCUUCCUGGGGGAAGUUGAAUAGCAGUUAUGGGGAAAAUAUAGCCUCAGUGAUUCAUUGAUUGCCAAGAUGUACCAGGUGCUGCCUCAUCUAGAGCAUUCUUGGAUACCUCCUGAAAUAUGGCCUCUCUUACUUUAUUGCAGGCCUGCACAGCUCAAAAUGUAAGGCGGGCCGUAAUACUUAUUGAAAAAAUUGUGCAGGCCGAAAGAAAAUAGGACGGGGUGAAAGCUAUUAAGAAAAUAUUCGUAAAAAAGAAUAUUUAGGUACUUUGGGGGCCAUAUGUUGUGCAGGCCUGUUUCAUUGUGUCUAAAUGGGUACCUUCACAAAAGACUCCUGCUCUUGUAUUGGUCCUUCCUGUUUCAAUAGAAACCUAUCAGGUGCAACCAAACAUCCAGCGACAGAUCUGGACACAGUCUGAGCAAAGUGUAAAUAUAUGUCAUGUUAUACUAAAGCCUAUUCUCUCUUAAGUUGCUCAGUCUACUAGUUGCUCUCCUUCUUUCUAUCCUCCCCUUGUAUUGACCCUGAAGCUAUAUUCUUGUAUGAUUUCAUGACUGACCAGUUGUAAAGUGGACCAUAUCACUACACUUAGGUGACUAGAACUGGUUGAAUCUUUCUUUCCAUAGGAUCAUGAAAGUCCUUUCAAAGACACAGCGGACAAUCCUCUGCUGAAGUACAAAAAUUGCCUAAACUAAUUAAAAUGCCUUAGAAAGAUCCUGAACAUCAAAUGGCAAAAUACCAUCACCAACAAAGAUUUACUAGAAAGGACUUAUCAGGUGCCCAUUGAUGAAGACAUCAUAAAGAAAAGAUGGAGGGUGAUAGGGCAUACUUUCCAAAAACCCCCAGAUAGCAUCACAAGACAAUCCCUAACAUGGAAUCCACAGGGAAAAAGAAAGAGAGGAAGGCCUAAGAAUACAUGGAGACGCAAGCUAGAGGCAGAAUGAGGGAUACACCUGGAAGCAACUGGAAUGGAAAGCACAGGACCAUGAUGAAUGGAAAAUUUUUUGUUGACGGCCUAUGCCCCAGAUGGGGUAAAAAGGCAUAAGAAGAAGAAGAAUAUAAUGAAAGUUUUGAAUGCCAGGAGACAGUAGGUUGUGGAGACUGGGCAAAGAGUAAAUCCUGCCUGGAUGACAUGCUUGAAGGAAUGCUCCCCAAUGGAAAUGCUGUGCAUGGUAAAUGGAAAGUUUCAACAUCUCUGAUCACAGUGUUGAGACAUGGAGCAUACAAGUACUGGUUUUGGGUGAAAAGUAAAGCCACAGAAAAAUCAGUAAAUAUCAUAUUGAUGAAAAUUUUAUAUUUUUAUUUGUAGGGCCUAGCUAACAUUGUUGACAAAAAUCCACAACUUAUGGGAACAGAUGAAGCUAAAUCCAUCUAUGAGAAACUUGUGUUCUUAAGUGCAAGGUAGGUUCAUAUAUAUUCCUCUAAAUAUUUUUUUUCCCUAAAAAUGAUACCAGUACUUUAAGCAUAUGUAGUUUAUAAAACAUAUUCUUAUAAAAUUUGUUAUUAAAAUAAAAAAUUUGGUUUCUGUUAAAAAAAUAUGUUAAGUAUAAAUAAACAUUUUUAAAAUUCAACUAAUUUAGUCUGGUUUGUUUUGAAUUAAAAAAAAAAGUUUUUAGCAUGCGUCUACACUCAGGCGUUUUCCAUGUAACUGAAAGUAAUUCACAACGUAUUUAAAGUUUGUUUUUUUUUCACAUUAAAUAUUAACAUCAAGUUGCUUUUGAUUGCAGCGACCACAAAAAACUGAUUGGUUAUUCUCACAAGCUUGUUGAAUUGUUUAUUAAGUCUAAAGAUAUGGAUAAGGUAUGUGCAAAUAGUACACAUUUCUUCAGCUAUUAGCAAUUUUGGUAUUAUAAUUGGUUUUGAUAUUUUCAAUUGUAUUUUGUUAGAUUGAAUCUUGAAUCUGCAUUUUUCUGACCAUUUAAAGUUUAUUACCUAAUAUUUACCUUUUUGAGAUACACAUUUUUUCCAAUUGUUUAGUUCUAGAUAAAAUAUAUGUUUUUAAUUGUUUGAAAUUUUAUAGGCUCUUGAGACCUUAACAAAUCUACUAAAUCUGGAGAAGGAAGGAGAUGGAAGAUUGAUUUCUCAGCGCUCUAUAAUAACAUUACUAGCUUCAUCAGCACCAAAGCUGACCCGAGACAAACUUGAUUUGGUAAAAGUUUGAAAAGCUCAUGCAUUUUUGUUCUGUUCUUUUUUUUUAAAAUUUAAGAUUGAAAAUGUUUUUGCUUAGACAUUAAAUUAAAAACUGUAAGCUAACCAAGGUAAUUUUGCUUACAAAAAUUCAGCUUAGAUGAAGCAGUUUCAAUUGUGGUAAAGCUUUGAACAACCUUUGGAUUAUUGACAUGAGAAAAUCCUGAACAAAAGUUUUAGAUGAUUUCACCCUUUUUCCCUAGAUCCCUAAGAUAUAGUUAACAUAAUUAAUGAAGAAAGGGAAAACUCUGACUACAAACUUAUUUUGCCUUGGUCAAGACUUUUGGAGUAGACUCUAACAGAAAAAUCCAGAGAGGUAGUCCCUUAAGCAUUAUGACAUUGUAUUCAAUGAAAAUUCUGGCAAUGUUCUUGGUGUAAUAACCAUUUGGUGUUCCCUUUGAUUUACCUGCUGCAUUUGACAUUGUAUUCUAUGGAAAUUCUGGCAAUGUUCUUGGUGUGUCAACAAUUGAUGUUCUCUUGGGUUUACAUGCUACAUUUAGAAAGGAAUAUGUCAACUGGGAAACAGUUGAUUCUCCAUUAAAAAAAAUAAAUCUAGCCUGGGUUAGAUACAUUCAGCAAAACUACACCUUAGUCUCCUAAAGAGAGUCAAAACAGUAAUAAAAUAUCAAUGAAUUGGUUGGUUACUUGUAAUGGUAUUCAACAUCUAACUGGCUUUCACUCCAUAAUUAUUAAAUGUUGAGGCACAUGAUAGAUUUUGAAUAUCAAAUGUUAUAGAUAUAGUAAACUUUGAUAGAAUUUUUAAUAAAUGUGUUUUAUGGACAGUAUCAAACUGCAUUACUGGAAGUCCUACAAUCACCAUCAUUGAGCCAGGAAGAAAUUAAUGAGUACACUUCACAGUUUCUUUUAUUAACUAGCCAGGUUUGUUGUUUAGUUAUGAUUUUUAAAGUUUCCAUGGGUUUUUUUUCUUUGUUUUUGCAUGUUUAUAUAUAUAUAAAAAAAAGAAAUCUUAUCCUCCAUUUGUAUAAGUAAACCACAAUAAAUAACAUUAAAUUACAUUAAAUAACAAUUAACUUUGUGAUAUGCUCUCUCUUGUCAAAAGAGUGUACUGGUAAGCAUUGUUUUAAAAUAACACAUGCGGUACCAAGACUUCAAAAUAAAUUUCAAUCAGUCACGGGUUCGAAUCCUGGUGCUGGCACCCCUACGGGUAGAUGAUGCUCGUUAAAACCUUGGCUGGCAAGUUCAUCUAGGAGAAGGAAACUCCGACUUCAAAAUCCUCCGCUGCCUUGCGGCUAUACCCGCUCUUCGGGAAAGGCUAAGGGAGUAAACCCCGACAGAAAAUCAGGAAAUGGAGCACCUACAGGCGGUCUAUACAUAAGACUCUUAUGUACAUACCGGCAGCUCCUGCGACGCCAACGGCAGCCAAGCCGCAUCGACGCAAGUCGUUCCCUUGGUUACACCAUUGACGUGGAGAGGGGGGAUAUGCUGUAUGGGCAGCAGCUAAUUCUCCAUAAUACCCGCCCAGGCUUGCAUCACCUCUGGAGAGGACACUCCAGCGUCGCCGCAAGGUGUCGACAAAACACGGGAAGCAGCAGUUACCGGUUAUAAGCCAAAAGCUCAAUUGACGUAGAGCUAGGCGCCAGGGGCUGCUUCCGACGGUGGGAGAGACUACCAAUGUCUCACUGGACAGCUACCGCCCGCCUCAAACUGGGCAGCCCCCAGUCAAAUAGGUGCUAUCCCGUCAUGGCCUGCCUUCUCCACUGGGUGCGUGGAGAUUAGAGUACCACUCAACAAGUGGGCCACUAAGCCCUGCACCAAGAAACACAAAAAAGAAAAAGAAGACCCCAGCUCUUCGAAUCGCUAGCUGGAACGUGAGGACUAUGUGUCCCGGCAUCACUGAUGACCCGCAGUCAAUAAACGACACACGGAAGACAGGAAUAAUCGAUAGAGAACUUAAAAGACUAUAGAUUGACAUCGCUUGCCUUCAGGAGACCAGGCUCCCAGACAACGGUUCACUCAAAGAGGCAAAUUACACUUUCUUCUGGCAAGGCAGACCAACAAACGAACCUAGACAGCAUGGUGUAGGUUUCGCUGUUAAGAACACUCUUACACCAUUCAUUGAUCCCCCGUCAUCAGGCACGGAGAGGAUCCUCACUCUAAGACUCAGAACAGCUGCGGGCCCAGCAAACAUUCUUAGUGUAUAUGCCCCAACUCUCUGUUCAACUCCGGAAGAGAAGGACCAGUUCUAUGGAGCUUUAGACCAGGCAAUAGCCAGCAUCCACAAAGACGAGGCAAUCUACCUCCUGGGAGAUUUCAAUGCUAGAGUGGGGAGCGACCACGAAGCCUGGCCCACAUGCCUUGGACUCUUUGGAAGAGGAAAGAUAAAUGAAAAUGGACAGAGGCUUCUGGAAUUGUGCUGCUCACGAGGCUUGUGUGUGACCAACACUUACUUCAAGUGCAAGGAUAUACAUCAAGUAUCUUGGAGACACCCUCGAUCCCGCCAAUGGCACCAGCUGGACCUCAUCAUCACCAGGCGUGCACAACUAGCUAGCAUCCUACUCACUCGCAGCUAUCACAGUGCCGACUGUGACACGGAUCACUCCCUUGUCGCCAGCAAGGUACGAAUAAUGAGGAAAAACUCGUACCACACCAAGAAAAAGGGAUGUCCACGUAUCAAUACCUUCUGCAUGAAAGACCCUGCGCUAACGCAGCUGUUCACAGACAAGGUGAAGGGAGGUAUCUCAAGGAUGUCCCCAUGUGUCACCAUUGACUCGAAAUGGACGCAUCUCAGAGACACAAUCUAUACAUCCGCAAUACAGGCCUUUGGCAAAAAAAAAUCUCACAAAAACACGGACUGGUUUGAUGAACAUUGGGACGAGAUGAAACCUGUCACUGAAGCCAAAAGGAAAGCUCUUACGGCUUACAAGGAAAAGCCUACACCCGACAGGUUGCAUGCCUUAAAAACAGCCAAGUCACUUGCCCAAAAGGUUGCACGUAAUUGUGCCAAUACCUACUGGCUUAACCUCUGUUCCAGCAUACAGUCAGCUGCAGAUAUGGGCGAUGCAAAAGCAAUGUACGAAAACAUCAAAAAGGCAACUGGCCCCUUGACGUCCAAAGUUGCUCCUCUAAAGUCCAAAAGUGGAGAAAUUAUCCAAGACCAGGCAGCACAGCUAAAACGGUGGGUUUAGCAUUAUCUGGAAUUGUAUUCAACAGUUACCACAGUCUCCAGCACCGCUCUAGAUGACAUCCCAGAUAUGCCACUCAUGGAAGAACUUGAUGUCGUGCCCUCACAGGAAGAGCUGAGCAAAGCUAUUGAUAGCCUAGCUUGUGGAAAAGCGCCUGGGGAUGAUGGAAUACCACCAGAGGCUCUAAAGAGUGGUAAGAUAGCUUUACUCCAACCAUUGCACAAGAUUCUGUCCCUCUGCUGGGAACAGGGCUACAUCCCCCCAGACCUAAAGGAUGCAAAUAUAGUGACACUAUAUAAAAACAAAGGUGAUAGGAGUGAUUGCAAUAAUUAUCGCGGCAUUUCACUCCUUAGUAUUGUAGGAAAGGCCUUUGCCCGUGUCAUACUAACACGUUUACAGAGUCUAGCAUCCCGUGUCUAUCCAGAAUCUCAGUGCGGUUUCCGGUCUGGGCGGUCUACCAUAGACAUGGUGUUCUCCAUACGACAGCUCCAGGAAAAAUGCAGAGAGCAGCAGAUGCCACUGUACAUUGCCUUUGUGGACCUUACAAAAGCCUUUGAUUACGUCAGUCGCAACGGGCUAUUCAAAAUACUGGCAAAAAUCGGCUGUCCCCCUCACCUACUUGCCAUCAUCAGAGAGUUCCAUGAAAAUAUGCAGGGUACAGUGCAGUUCGAUGGAGCCAAGUCAGAAGCCUUUCCAGUCAGCAGCGGAGUUAAACAAGGUUUGGGCAUGUUCACAAUCCUUAGUGAAAGACGCCUGAGAUGGCUAGGUCAUGUUAAAAGAAUGAGUCCCGGCCGCAUUCCGAAAGACAUCCAAUAUGGUGAACUUGCUUCGGGAAAGAGGAAAACAGGUCGCCCACGUCUGCGAUUUAAAGAUGUCUGUCAAAGGGACAUGAAAGCAGCCAAAAUGCGUACAAGUGACUGGGAGUGUAAGGCAAAAGACCGAUCUACGUGGCGCACAGUUUUCAAAGAGGGCGUCAUGGUAGCCGAGGAGCGAAGAAUGGAAGAGGCUGCAGACAGAAGAGUUAGAAGAAAGGCCAAAACAUUUAGAAGCACGGAACUCGUGUGUAAAAACUGUGGUAAAGACUGUCACUCAAGGAUAGGACUGCACAGCCACUCGAGAAAAUGCAACCCAACCCAACGGUGAUGCACCAUCGUCUCACGAGACGGAAGGAUGCCGAUUAUAUAAAAUAACACAUUGAUAAUUGUAUCUUCAUAAAUUUACUACCAAAUCAUUUAGCAAUGUAGUGUAUUGCCAAAUUUAAACCUUAUACUCAGUGCAUUGCACAGUUUUCUGGAUUUAAACAAAUUCUUUAUAAAUUUAAAAACUCAUUAAGUAGCCAUGAUCAUUUAUUUUCAAAUAAAGUGAAUUUGAUUUCAGAUUAAGAUAGAAAACAUUCAGGCUGUAAGCCAAGAUCUUGUCAAUAGAUUUCCACAAGCUGCCCCACCAUUGGAAUUUCUAUUGAGAUGUCACCUUGAUGCUAACUUAGGUAACAAUAUAUAUAAUUCAGCCUUAGAAAAACACCCUAGGAAGUUUUCAUAAAUGCUUAUGUAUUAUAAAAAAUAUUAAGAAAGACAUAACAAUGUAGCAGGACUUUAAAAAAAAAUAAAUCUUUGAAAUCUAUUUAAUGUUGCAUAGUGUCAACUUUAGUGGAAUACAGAGUAAAAAGUAUGAAUUAUUAUUUCAGGCAAUGGGAAUGUCUCUGUAGAAACCUGUCAGAUUGUUACACAUUUAACAAAUAAGUUGCUGAGUUUCAAACCUGAAUCACCUUUGAUAAAAGUGGGUCAAGCAUUUAUAGCACUGCAAGAGAAAAGAAUUGUUGAAGCUGUUGAAUUAAUUCAAGGUUUGAGUUAGCAUUCUUAUUUUCUUAGUUCAUUUUUUAUUCUUUUCUGGAAAGAUAAGAUUGACAUUUAAAACUUAUUUCAUUGCAAACUUGUGUGUAGGCAGGUGAGGGGGCCUACUCCUAGAUGACUAUUUGCCACAGUAGUGAUACAAAUUUCUUUUAACACCAACAUGAUGGAAUUAUGUUUGAGAAAUUAAAACAUUCUUUAUGUUUGAAGUGGAAUAUAUAUUAUUUAUGUCUAACAGUAAUUUUAAAUUUAUAUCAAUAGCAAUAAACAGCUGGCAACAGAUGGGAUUAUAAAAAUGUAACUGAUUUAAAUGCCUGAAAAGAUUUAUAAAUUAAACCGUCAUUGAUUUUUGCAGAUUGUACUAGUGACAACAUAAGUGCUGUAUACUUCUUGAGCUAUGCUUUUUUAUUACAACACAAGAAUCAAAUUUGUUUAGAGACAUGUGAAAAAGGUGUGUUUUAUGUUAUAAACUAAAUUAUUAUGAUUUGAAAAGUAAGUAAACUAAAAAUAUAUUAUUUGCAAAUAUUUUAAGCAAAAUUAGAAUGGGUUGGCUUGAAAUUGUAGCUGCUCAUUUCACUUACAUAUAUUUUCUUACAUCCUGCUUUGCUCUGGCAUGUAAUAAAUUAAACAGUUCAAUAAUGACUCCAUUUAUAAAACUAUGUUAAUAGACAGAGUAGAAAAAUUUAAGACAUUUUUCCGUUCUGAGUGAAAUACUAAUAAAAUUUAUUUUUGCUCCAAUCUUAGACCAAAAAAGAAAUUUCAGCAAAAGUUUCUAAAUUGAAAAAAUCAAUCUCAAACUUUAUGCUUUUGCAAAUACUUCCUAUUCCAGUUUUCUGAGUUAGAUUACUUUUGCCAUAUUAAGUGGCAGUCCAAAUGUUACACUUUUACAUAGAUUAUAGGCUUCAGAAUUAACAGUAAACGUCUGCAGUUUAAAAAAAUAAUCUAGAAAUGUAUCUUUUAUAUUGUCAUAUCUUGAAUAAUCUAGCUUGAAGAGAUAAAAAUAUAGUGUGUAUAAAAAAAAAAAAUCAGAUCCAAUUCACUAGCAAUGUCUAAGGAAAGUAAAUUAUUUUUAUUUCAUAAAUUUUGUUUCCCAAUAUAUUGCUUAGCUAAUGAACCGAAAUUUUCAUUUUAAAGGUCUUUAUUUAUAUUUUGAAUAUUUGAAUUUUCCUAAUUUCAUUUGUUUUACAGGUCUAUCAGCCUGUGCAAGUUCAAAGAGAAUGCUAUGUGCUCCUGCAGCCCAUGUCAUGGCUUUAUUCAAGCUUAUUCAGGCUGAAGCUCUUAGGCAAAUAGGAACAAACAUUGCUAGAGAAAAAGCUUUGGCAGUUUUAGAAGAGGUGAGAAGAGGAUGCUAAUAAUAUUACAGACUGAAAGCUUCUUUUUCAGCCAAAAUGUCAGGACCUCAUUAUUUUUUAGCUUAAAUUAUUGCUUUGACUAGAAUUUUAAAGGAUUUAAUUUAAGUAUAGUUAACAUAGAAAUUUAAAUACUAAUAUAUUCUUAUUUGUCAUAUUUCUUCCUUUAUAUAUUUUAUUAUCCUUUAUCACUGAUUCUUAAUUAUAUAAUUCUAGCUAAAAAAAUUAUUAUGUUUAUGAAAAGGUUUCAGAAAAAAUGCCAAAUGAAUCAUUUCUCAUCAAGUCAUUUGUGCUCCUAGAUCAAGGGAAUAUUGAUGAAGCUGAGGUAAACAUAUUGAUUAUUUUAAAAAAAUCAUGUUCAAUGUCAUAAAAUUUAAAAGACAAACUUUUGUAACAUUUUAAAAAUUUAAUAUUAAUCUUAAAAUAUUUAAGUUGUGAGGCAUACAUCUGAACUUGAUUCGGAUUCAUAUGCAUCAUAUAUUGUUAUUUUCAUAUUCUCUAUUUGCAUUUUUAUAAAUUUCCAUUAUGUUGCAAGUUAAGUGCCAGCUAUUUGCCACAAGAAAUGUUGCCUGUCCAAACACUGAAAGCUUCAAUAUUGUUUGAAAAAAUGGACUACAAUGCAGCUUUAAAAAUGUAAGUAGCUUUGAUGAAUGUACAGGGGCUUGACUGAGCAUGAAGUAAAACUGAUAACACUGCUUAUUUUUUAUGUGUAUAAAUCUAGUUUGUUAAUGAGUUCAAAGAUUGAAAUGAUUGGCUGUUUUUUUGGUAAUGAAACAUUUCAAGUAUUUUAAAAUAAUUUAUGUAUCUUCUUUAAUAAAUACAGGACAUAAUUUAUAAUGUGUAUAUUUCAGAUUGGAAAAUGUUUUGAAAGAAGACCCAUCAGAUUUUAUUGCAACGCUGAAAUUAGGUCAAGUUUUUUGGGCAUUGAGAGAGUCUAAAGAGAUAGCAGAAGUACAACAAAAAUGCUUUACAACUCUGCUGAAAGUGAGCUAUCAGAAAGAAAAAAAAAUUGUUUUUAUCUUUGGGAUAAAAUGCAGAUAAAAAUUGAAGAAAUGGUGAAGAAAUUAAUACUGUCCAUUUUUCCAUUUUAUUUUUAUAUUUAGAGAAAACCUUACUUAAUGAAAUUCUUAAAAUAAUUCUGAAACUCUUUUACAGGCUGCAAAACUUGAUCCUAACCACUUUGAGAGUUUUCUGUAUUUGGGUUAUUUCUACAAAGACAUUCAACAGAACUUAGUGUAAGUUUCUCAAUUUUGCUAUUUAAAUUUCUUAAUUUGAUGCACAUUAAACACUGUUCACCUUAAACAUAAAUCAUACCAUUCUGUUCUUCCUUUAGAAGUACUAAAAUUUUAAAGCUUUUUAAAAAAGAAAAUACUCUACAGUAAAAGUCCAGUUUUUUUUAGAAAUUUUAAAUGUGAAACAAUAUCCUAAAUAGCUUCUACUUUUUUGGUGCUUAUGAUAAAAUAAAUAUAUUGUUCUUUAACAGUUAACUGUGUAAUAUGUCAAUGAAUAUCUGCAGCAAAGCAAAAAGAUGUUUUCAGAAGGCUUAUGAUCUGAACCCAGGAUCUGAUCAGUCUGGUUGUGCCUUGGUCGACAUUCUGGUGGAACUUGAAGAAGAGGUAUGUUAUAAAGAUGACCUUGGCCUUAAGAUUAUUUGGCACUGUUUUAAUUGGUUCAACCAUUUUAAUUAUUAUAAAAUUUAACUAUUAAUAAGCACACAUUUAACCUCUAGAUUAUAUUAAAAAAAUCACAUUGAAAUCACAAACCCUGGUUUUGAAUUCAUCUACUCUAGAGCCUAAUUAUUGUGCAGAUUUUAAAAAAUCAAUUUUUCUUUAUAACUGUGGCUAACUUACUAAAUUAGUCUGCAAAAUUUUUCAAAAGUAAUUAUAAUGAAUUUAUGUUUUAUCAGGUGCAGUCUCUCAAAAUACUAGAGCUAGCCACAUCGCAAGCUGCUGCUGGACAGUAAGUUGUCUGUAGAACGUAUAUCAAAGUCUUUUUGUUAUGUGAUUGGCAAACUGUGUCUAGCUGAGAAAUCCAGGUCUUAUGCCUAAUGAGAUUUAAAUAUUUCUCUCUCUGAUCUAAUUUUGCCUGGUAGCUGAACAUUUUUUCUUGUUAAUUUAUGGCAUUUUGCAUAAGACUAACGAAGAUAGUCCAGUGCUUUCCAUUUCAGCCAACGCUUUUUGCCCAUGUUGAUCCUGUUUAUCACACAGUUUAGUUUUAUUUAGUUAAGGUGUUCUCCCCAUCAAGAUUAACUGCCUUGUCAGGCUGACUUCAUUCCACCUGGCCAUUGGCCAAAAGCUGGAGCCAUAGCCAGGCUAAUUUGAACCAGACUCAAUUGUAAUGAGCCUGAUGUGCUAAUAUCCCACCAUUAAGGUGCCAUUUGAAUCGUGCCCCACUGUCUCUUAUUUUUAACUUUACAAGCAGCAGUGUUUACUGAUUUACAAAUUGUCUAGCGUCUCAAAAAAGGAACUUUAAAAAAAUAUUCACAAGAUUCAAAGGGGAUGUAGGAUAGGCCAGUUGAUAGGCUUUUUGGCUUAUGGCAGCACUUUAACAAAAUAAGUCCUCAGUAUAGCAGCAUGCAUGAUUAUUCCAAGGAAUUCUUGUGUUGUUUUAUUUCACGGUAGCAAGUAAACAAAGCGAGUGAUAUCUUUCAAAUGAAUUGACAUUUUGUAACUCUUCUGUGUUCAUUUUUCUGCUCAUAAGUCUGGUCCUAUAAACAUAUUAUGAACAUCAACCUGGAUUUAAAUUUUUAUUUAAAAAAAAAAUUAGCUACAUUUGUGUGAUCCAUUGUGCAUUAACACCCCAUUUAUUUUCACAAUAGAUUUUAGAUUAUUUUACCAUCACGAUGAGAAAAAAAUCUUACCAUAAAUGAUAUUUUUUAUGUAUUUGAAAGGUGAUGAGAGGAAAUUUAGUAGUGCCAAUGUGUAUGUUAUGCCUCCAGAAGAUUGCGAUGAAACAGAAGGAGAUAGUAAUGAUGAAGCUGAAGGAGAUAGUAAUGAUGAGGCUGAACUAAAAAGGCAUCAAUCAUCUUUCUGGAAAGCAAUUUCAAGUUCAAGCUGAAGCCAUGUUUUGCAACCAGCUAGUGAAAAUAAAGACAUAGAAGUGUUCCAAAAUGAUUCAAAUCCCCGUCCAGAUCUGGCAUGCAAAAUAUGGGCUGCCAGAGUUGGCAAAAGGUUUUCUCAGUAUGGAAAAAAACAAGAAAUGCGUUGUGAAAACUCAACUUGUCAGAACUUUCAGAGCUUUUCACAGAAAUUGGACCAACAUGUCAGUGUGCAGCAGCCAUCAAAUAAUUGAGAGGAGUCGACAAUGAAAGUGAUAUCGGAAGCUGCUGGCAUUUCUGAUUAAUGCUUCAGGCAGCAUUGCAUUGCAGAUGUAUCAACUGACACCAGCAUAUCAAACAAGACCACUUGAUCUUCUCCAGUUCACUUGAGAGAUUGUCACUACAUAAUUUAAGGUUUAGUCUAGUUGGCCAGGCGGCCAUCCCAUGCUGAAUCCACAGAAGCUCUGCAAAAUGUACCAGAUGCAUUACACUAUGAAAAUGAAAGACAUAUCAUUACUGCCAACCUAAAGCAAAUUAGAUGCAGCAAAAAGGCAACAAAGAAGUGUACAAAAUGCUGUGUCAGAGUCCAUGCAAAGUGCUUUGAAAGCUUUCAUUGUAUAUCACUCAUAUAUGUCCUCUAUCCCCAAAAUGUAUUUUUUUACUGAAUACACAAAUUUGAAAAAAAUGACUUGUGGAAACUUUUUUUUAGUUCAAUAAAGAUAUUGAUAUCAAUUUUCUUUGAAAUAUUUUCAAUGAAACUAAUUUGGGGAUUGAUUAGUUUCUUAUCACACUUUUACUAACACAAAAAAAGAUGUGUUUGUUGGAUGUGGCGAUUGGUUUUGCCUAAUACACACCAGUUUUAACAUAUGUUCAUAUAAUUUAGAAAGUGUAAAGUAUUUCAAAUUUUAUUUAUGUAAUUUUCAACCACUUGUCAACAAUUAAAACAUAUGCUUAAUCUCCUGAUAGAGUCAAGUGGGCCUGGCUCAGACUUGGCCUGCACCAGAUCAAGCACGAUGACCCUACCACAGCAAUAACAUCUUUACAAUCAGCCCUCAGAGCUGACCCCAAUGAUAAGUAAGUAUUCAUUACCAUUUAGGUAUGUUAAAUUCCAUCAUGUUGUCUGUGAAAUAUAAUUGAUGUAUGCUAAUAGCCCAUUCCUUCAAUAUUUAUAGUCUUAACUGAACACUUAGUUGUUAGGAUUUGGUUUAUUUUUUUCUCAAUCUGCAUUAAAUUUUUUCAUAAAUUUUAUGAUUACACAUAAUUGUUUCAUAUUGAUAUCCUUGUCUUGAUUGGGUAUUGUAAAUUAAAAAUUAUCUCUUUUUUUUUUCUCAAUUCUUUACUGUCCUUUUCAUCCAUAUUAUAUUUAUAUAACACUACCUUUUAUAUGUCUUCCCUUACAAUUUACACAUUGUAAAUUUCAACCCUAGAAAAAGUAAUCAAAUAACAUUAGAUCUAUACUUAGGGGUUUUGUUAAUUUUUUUAAAAGCUGGUCUGGUAAAUGUAGUUUUAGACUUACAAAAUUUAAUUUGGUAUAUUUAAGGAAACAAUUUUAAAAUAAGCUUGUGCAUGCAUUUGCAAUAUUUAUUAUAUCAUUAUAAAAUGUUUAGUAUAUUUAAAAUUAUUUCUUAAGUAUUUCUCCUCAAAUUGUUAAAAUACUUAUAAAUUUUGUUUGAAAUAAUCCAAAUGUAAAGAUUUAAAUUUUUUUUUAUUUCAGCCAUGUUUGGGAAUGUCUUGCUGAAGCUUAUCUUCAACGUGGAAGCUUCACGGCCUCAUUGAAAGCAUUUUCUAAAGCCUCUGAGGUAAUUUCUAGCUUAAUUGUUGUCAGUUGCACUGUUGUAUUAUUUUCUCAUAACUACAUUUAGUAGGGUCACAAUUAUAUCACAAUUUUUCCAAAUUUUAUGUUUUCAUAGAGCUAAUGUUUUACUCAAAUUUUAUUAAAAUUUAAGAAAAUACUUUUCAUAAACUGAUUUUAAAUAUUAAUAAUGUAUAUUUUUUAUUAUUCUUUAUUAAACAUAUUCAUUUUUAUAUUGAUUUAAUUAAUUAAUUUAACUGUAUAUAAUGACACAAAAAUACAAAUCUACAGUUUAAAUAUUCAUUUGUUAUUUUUAUCAUAAUUAAAGGAAUGCUUCCAAGCUUCCACAUACCUCGUUUUGCUAUUUCAUUUAUUUUUAUCAAUAUUUUUUCAAUAGUGUCUAGUUUAUUUCUCUAAUUUUCAGCUGGAUCCUAACUCAUUGUACUGUUUAUACAAGUAAGCCUUAUUAGAUAAUAUAUUUAAAUUUAUUUAAUAUGCAAAUUUAUUAUAUUACAUCUUUAACUCAGAAUUAUUAUUUAUACAGUUUAAAAAUGUUAAAUAAUAAAAUUUAUGGUUAAAUCAAAACCUGUGUCAAUUGAAUAGUGUUAAAAUUUUUUUAAAGUUAAUUCUGUUUUUUAUUAUUAAGAAUCAAUAACAAGUUCUUUAUAAGAAGCAGUUAAUUCAAUCAAUAAAUUUAAAUAGUAUUAAAACUAAUACUAAUAAAGUAAUAUACUCUAAUAACUAAUAAAACGAAUAUAAUAUAAUCUAUAAAUGAAUUUUUAAAAAGUCAUUUUGCUUAGUUUUUAUUGUACAAUUUUAUUAUUUAGGAUAGCUAAUAUAAAGCACACAUUAGGAUCUCUCAAGGAGGCCAUUGAAGAAUACAAAAUCAUCCUUGUCAAGUUAGCAAGCUAUGUUCCUGUCUUAAAAGGUAUAGUAAAGCAUAGUGAUAUUCCCACAUCUGACAUUGAAAAUAAAUUUAUAUUAAAUUAUAGGAAUUGCUAAUCCACAUAUUAUGUUUGGAAUUGUAUUAGAUUACAUGAUUACUGAUGAUACAGCAUGAGAAGGUCUGCACCUAGUUUUUUUGGCAGACUUAGUAGUUAUGUGCAUAAAAGUAGCAUUAAUACUUAUAAUUGAAUGUUCAAAGAAUAUGUUUUAACAUUCCCAAUAAUUAUACAUUUCUAUUAAAACUCAACUUUUUAUUGAAAAACAGGUGUUGCUGAGAGUUUAAUCCAACUUGGCAGGCAAAACCUUAGCAACUGUCUUGAUGGACUGGCUCAGGACAAUUUUGAGGAAGCCAUCCUUUAUCUGACCAGGUUAAAUUUAAUUUAAAAUAUUAAUUAAAAUAAACGUGGGUGCUAUGAAAAUAAUAAAUAUCUCAUGCAUAUUACAGAUUUCAAAGUUUGGGUUACUUUUUAAAAUAUUUUUUUCUUUGGGUAAAUUAUUUUUAGUAUAAAGUGGAUUAAUUAAAGAGAUUUUGUAUUUAUUGACACUCGAGGAACGAUAACAGGACACUUUCUGAGGGAAACUCAAGAUCCACAACCAACGGGUACACUCUACAACCAACCACUUCUGUAUCUUGCAUAUGCUGAUGACAUAGCACUUCUAGGGAAAAGUAUUAAAGACAUAUCAAAAUCCUUUAUUGCAUUAGAAGACGCAUCUCUACAAGCAGGGCUGGAAGUUAACAACCAAAAAACAAAAUACAUGACCAUGAUAAGAGAUGAACAAACAGAUGAAACAAUUAAAAUUAGAAACCAAACUUUUGAAAAAAUAAAUCAAUUCAAAUACCUAGGAUCCUUGUUAAAUGAAAGAAACGAAUUACUAACAGAAAUAAAAGAAAGAAUAUCAGCCGGAAACAGGGCAUACUUCAGUAGUCAGAAAAUACUCAAAGUAAAAACACUAAAAGAGAAACAAAGAAAACUAUUUAUAAAACUGUGAUCAGUUUGUAACAUAUGCAAGUGAAACUUGGACCCUAACAAAAACAGCAGAAAACCUAUUAAACACAUGGGAGAGGAAAGUUCUCAGGAAAAUAUAUGGGCCAACAAAGGAUGAAUAUGGAUAGAGAAUACGAACCAACCAGGAAUUAUACAUUCUAUAUCAGGAUCCCACGAUAGUGGCAGAAAUAAAAAGAGGCAGGCUACGCUGGGCAGGACACCUAGAGAGAAUGCCAAAUGACAGAGGAACGAAGAGGGUGCAUUACCAAUACCCCAGAGGAAAAAGGCUCAAAGGCAGACGUAGCCUUAGGUGGAUAGAUGAUGUAGAAAAAGAUCUACAGCAACUGAAAGUCCAAGCAUGGAAAAGGAAGGCAUUAGUUAGGUCUGAGUGGAAGGAAGUGGUGAGGCAGGCCAAAGCCCUACAUGGGCUGUAGCCCUACAUGGGCUGUAGCCCCACAGGGAUGUAUGUAUUUAUAGACUUUAUUUAAUGAAUCUAAUUUUUUUUCUAAAACAGGGCAGCUUCCCAGAGGCCUGAUAUGUCUUGUCUAUGGAAGCUUUUAGGAGAUGCCUGCACAGCUGCCCAUUGCUUGGCAUCUGAUAAUUAUAGGUAAAAUAUUCUUCUGGAAAUAACUUUUCAUGGUUUCUCACAGAACACAAAAUAAUAUUUUAAUGAUAUAAAAGGGUGGAAGAAAAGCAAGGCUUGUUUCAAGGCUUGUAACAGUAACAGUUGUCUAUCUUGGAAUAUAUCGUAAUAAUUCUUGCUAAAUUAAUGGGCAGAUUGUGAAUAAAUUAUCAUUUUGAUGUGUGCAAGCGACUGUGAUUUUAACAAAAAUACUUCUAAGGUCUCAUGACCAUCCUGGGUUUAAAUAAAACCAAAUUUUUGUGUACGCUAUCAGUAUUUCUGAACCUUUUAUUUUGUUCAUGGCACACCAUCCUGUGCCAGUGAGUUCCUGGGGCAUGCCAAUGUACAGGUCAGCAACAGUGCGAUAGGAGACUAAGGGGACUAACAUAAGAGUCAUUUACAGUUUGAGAGCUUUGGUCAAGAGCGCACGCAGCUUGCAUUCGCCAGCCAGUUGUUUGUAGGCUUGCAGUUGUAACACCAUUUUGACAGUGCUCUGGCAUAUUUUGAGGUUGAUAUGUAAAUACGACACUGUAAGCCAAUAAUUCCCUUUAAAAAUAAAUUUAAGUUCUUCAAUAUUAUUCUCUUUUUCUUCUUUAAACACUACUGUGUUGUGGCACACCUGUUGAGAACCACUAUCAGCUUAAAACAAUAGCUCCCAAAUGUCUUUUUUGCUUAUGGUCAUGGCACAAAAAUUUUAAACUGUAUUAUGCAUCCAAUAAAAAAUAAUUCUUUAGCACACACCCCCCACUUUUAAAAAAUUUUUCCACCAAAGUUCUGGUGACAACCGAGGGUUAGGGAAUAACUGGCUUAAGAGUGUAGUGUUGGAGGGCAGCCCAACAGCGUUUAGGGGAAAAAUUAUUUAUGAUAAGUUUUAUUCUUAUUUUAAUUUAGUAUGUGUAGACUGAUUAAACAUUAGUAUAAGUGGCGGGAGAGUUAAGAUUUUAAUUUUUUAUUUACAUCAGUGUACCUGGUAAGCUAUUAGGUAAAUCGCAUGACUCACAAGACAAAGGACUAAAGCAAGUAAACAAGCUGGAGUUGCUGAAGAUUGGAGCAAGGUAGGAACUUUCUCUGUUAUUUGUUCAGUCUCUACACUCUCAUUUACAAAUAAUAUUAUCAAAAAAUUAAUUUUAUGAAUGUACAUGGUGUAUGAUUUGUCAUUAGGUGGUACAAUCAUUUUAAUUAUUACAAAAACAGAGGAAGAAAUAGCAGGUUAAUUCAGAGUCUUUUUUUACAAAAUUUAUUUCCGUCACAAAAUAAUAUAAAGAAUAACAUCAAAACCAUAAAAAAAUAGUUAAAUACCCAUCUCUGGGUAAAUAGCCUGGUGGUAUGGACAUGAUUGCCUAAUAAGGCAACUAUUCUUGGGGAGGAGGUCAACCAGAGUAAAAAAAGCUAAACCAUUCAAGCUGGAAGACAGCAACCAACUAAGGUUAUGAUAAAAAAUUGUCUGUCUACUUAUCUUACCAGUUCUUAAUGGCUGAGAAAGUCAAUGUCAAACAAUUUUAAAAAGAGAGAAUUUGUAUAAUCACAUUCAAUUUAUGUACAAUGUUAUUAUUUCUCAUUGAAUUUUUAACAAAUAAUCAUUAAUCUCUCUCCAAUGUCAACAUAUUUAAAAGUUCUUAAAGUAAUUUACCUGGUCUUAAUUUCAGCUGUUACAGUCAAGCAUUGAAAAUUUUCCCAGACAGUGGUUCAUUGUGGCAUGAUCUGAGUGUCAUCCUUUACCACCAGAGCAGCCAUAUUAGUUUAAGUGAUCCCACAAGUCAUGAUGGCCAAGCACUUCUAUCACAAGCAACUCAAGCUGUGAGAAAGGCUAUAAUUCUAGAACCCAAGGACUGGAGACACUGGAAUGUACUUGGUGUAAUUGCAUGCUGCAAUGGUGAGACAAAAAAGAAUUUUGUACACAUUAUAAUAAAUAUGCUCUUAAUUGUUUACACUAUUUGUGCCUUAAGAGCUCUUUGGCAUAAAAUAAAUUAUGUUUAACAAAACUAUUAAUAACUGAAACGAAGUGAAUAAUUUAACUGCUUUAAUUUAUUAUUCAUGAUAAUAAACAAGUGUGUAUUUUUCUGUUAAAUUAUUGCAUUCUUUUCUUUUUUUUUACAAACCUAUUUCAUUCAUGCAAAAAUAUAAAAUUUAUUUCAAAUCUAUUUGCUUUAUAGCUCUAUUCUUUUCCUUUCAUUUUUUCUGAGCUUAAUUACAAUUAUUAUAUAAUAUUUUGAUUUUUACAUCAGCCAAUUUCAAGCCAGCUUUAGCACAACAUUGCUUCAUUAAGUCCAUUGAAUGUGAAGCAAGUGUAAGUUGGUAGUUUUUUUGCACAAUUAAUCUCAUUUAGUAUUGUACAUAUAAUCAAAUAUUCCACUUGUUGCAAUAAAAAAAAAAAAAAUUAUUAAUUAAAACAGAUAUUUGAUGCUUGUUGAAGUUCUGCAAAUCAUUUCAAUACAUUUAAUUAAAGCUUAAUGUAAUAUUUACAGAAUGUUACGGCUUGGACCAAUCUUGGAGCUUUUUACUUAAGUAACAAUGAAAUUGAGGUAAUUUUGAUUUUAAAAUCACAACUCUUUAUGCUGUGUAUCCCCGAAACGAAGAUCACAAAAUCUUAAAAAUGCGAAUGAAAUUCUCCUUACUUUAUUUAUAUCUACUAAUUAAUACUACUUUGUUAAAAAUUUUAUCAGUUUGUGUGGUUCUGGUUCUGGUAAUGUUUCAUUGCUGCAUCCAUGUACUGGCAUCUUUGCAACGGUUGGGGGUAUGAUGUUGCUAUUCUAACAGCUCUUAGCUGAUGCCAGGGCAGCCUUGAAGCUGUGUGGUGAAAAUUUUCUUCAGUUGAAUGUCUCUAAAAAUAAAUAAAUUGUUGUUGAUUUUCUGAGGGGGAUUUGGCCCUAUUGCAAAUCUCUCAAUAAAUAAUCACACUGUAGAGCAAUUAGAGACAUUAAACACCUAGGUGUCACAAUUAAUAAAUAGCAAACUAUCGUAACACGGCCAUAUUCUGUAUAAAAAAGUCAACCAAAGACUUUUCUAUCUUAAAAAAAUGAACAAUUUUGGCUUUAAAAAAAAAGUUAUUAACUUAUUCUACACUGCAACAAUUGAAAGCCUACUAAACUUCAUUAUUACCUGUAAGCAAUGAGAAUUCAUUGUCUGACAUCAAAAACCGAUUGCAUAGACUAAUGAAGAAGGCUAGUAAUAUCAAACUAAACUAAACAUCCUUCACUUGAAUAACUAUUUGUAGCAAAAUGCUGUUGUAAAACUAAAAAAUUUUUUUAGAUGAUACCUCCUGCCCUCUUCAUCACAUAUACCUAAGAUCAUCUCUGUCAAGGCAAAUUCUUUCCUGUGAAGUUAGGACCAAAAGAUAUAAAAUUCUUUUGUUCCCCAGACUGUACAAAUUUACCAGAGUGCUUCCCCAGCUUUUGCGAAAUCUAAAUGAUCCCUUAUUAAGUCAUUAUUGUCACUAAAGGAGUUAACUGACGGCUGAUUUCUACGCUAGAGAAAUACUUUAGAUGUCUUGUGUUUAAAUUGUUAUAAUUGUAAAAUGUCUUAAUUAAAAUUUUUAUUUAUUUCUUUCCUGAAAAUGAAAAUUUACAAUUUACUGGUAAUAAAUAAUACAUUUACAUUUAUCUUAUUUUAUUUGAUGACAAUAUUUAAAUUAAUACUUACUUUUGUGGUAAACUAUUUUGUAAACGGUAAAGCCUUUAUUAUGUCAUAAGACAAGUUAUUUAUUUCAUGAUUUAAAACUCAUUAUGCUACCUGCAUGUCUUUUUUUAACCCUCAAACUGUGGUCGGCAGACGAAAUCGGCAGACAUUCUCAUUCUGUGCUGUGGUGGCCGAUAAAAAACACGGUCCUAUAGCAACUUCCAAUCCAAUAUUUAACAGAAAUUGUAGCCAUUUCCUUUUGUUAAUAACUAAAUCAACUUCUGGGUCAAGCUGUUUCUUGAUAACUUAGACUUAACAAUAAGUACUUUUUAAAGCAAAAAUGGCGGAAGCUAUGGCAGGGCCUUCAGUGCGAGAACUAAUAUAAAUAUUUUUGAAAGCUUUUUGGAGAGGAUUUAAGUGAUACUGAUGAUGAUUUUAACAUUCCCCAUGACAUCUCACUUCAGAUUCUUCUUUUCGUGAAUCUGAUACUAGUGUUAGUGAUACUGAAGUAGGCCUACUGAGGCUACUGUUUGACUUCGAGCCAGGCACCGAGGUUGAGCAAGGACUGACUAAAUUUUAGUCACAGAAGCUACAGAUUAUAGUUCAGAACUAAUAAAUUGUAAAGUUAAACAAACGAAAUCAGUUCCACAGUUCCUUUUUAAAUGUUUACUAGUCAAUAAUAAUUAUUUUGCCUGAGAUUUUGUAUUUUGUACUUGGUUUUAGCAGUGGUCCCUGUUUCUUAUAUAAAUGACCUAUAAUUGCUUUCAGAUGUGUAAUUGCAAUCAAAACCUUAGCAAACUAUACAUUUUCUGAUAGAUAAAUGAAUUGGCUACAACAUUUAGAUUGUGUUUUAGGUGUAUCAAAAAAAUUAAUGAUGUUAUGAGCACUUGAAAGCAAGACAUUUUGUAGAUUUUUUUUUUUGAGAACUAAAAAUAUAUACUUAUCGGGGUCUUGUAUCAAUAUUUCUAUGUCAUUUAAUGCAAUUUCAAAUGGCACUUAAAAAGCUCUGAAAAGUUCCACACCACAGAAUGAUGCAUGCCACAGUUGGAGGGUUAAUGUAAUGCAAAAUAUUUUUUUAUUCUGGAACAAAAAAACUUUACUGCAUAAUUUUAUUAUUUGAUUAUUUCUUAUUAAUUCAAUCAUCAAUUUAUAAAUUUAUUUUCUUUACAGUUGGCCCAUAAUGCCUUUAAAACUGCACAGAGCGUUGACCCAACAUACAUGGCUUCUUGGAUUGGUCAGGUAAAAUAGUGAAGAAAUGACUUUCUAAUUUAUUUGUUUUAACUUUUGUAUUAUGUCAUAAUAUAUAUAUAUCUGUAUAAACUUUCCAUCAUGAACUUUUAAGCCACCUCAGUACCCGGAAUCCAAAAACCUGAAAGUUGAAUAUAGAAAAUAAAAUUCCCUAUAAUUUUUAUCAAAGAUUAUCAGAUUAUUAAACUGCAAGAAUUGGAAUUUUUGUUAAUUUUGCAAAAUCAAUGUUUCAUUUCUCAAUAUUCAGGCUAUGAUAGCAGAGAUUGUUGACUCUGAAGAGGCAAUGGAUUUAUUCCGUCACACUACAGAGUUGGGAUUUCAUGUAAGUCCUUUUUAAACACACCACAUUUUAUAAAGUUUAGUUUCUUUCUAGCAUUACUUGACUAAAUAAGGCACAUUACAUCUUGCAUUCAAAGCCUUUCAAACUAUUACCUGUUUCAUCUCUGAAUAAUGUCAAGUAUACAACUCAUGCUUUCAUACGUUACUUUUCUGUUUAAUAAAAUAUUUGCUUUAUUUUUAUAACCUUGUUCUCUAACAAGCUGUUUUUUUUAUACAUGUUCUAAAAAAUAAUGGCAAUUUAUUUUGACUAGGUGGAAAGUGCUCUUGGCUAUGGCCAUUGGGUGUUAAGUGUUUUGGGUGAUUCCAGCAAGAGAGACACUGAAUUUUACCAGUACUGCAUACAGCAGAUGGCAGCUGUUCCAGCAGCAAUUGAUGCCCUUUCCAGAUAUACCUGUAAGCAUACUCAACUAUACUUGACCUUUCAAUUUGGCCAUCAUCUGUCUUUAUCAUUCUGUUAUACUCAAACAGAAAUUCUUCGUCUCUUAUAAUGCCUAUAAUGUUAAAAACAUUUUAAAAGAUUUUUUUGCAUUAAGAUUUUUUUUUUAUAAUGAAUGUUUAAAUAUUUAAAAAUCUAACCUAGAUUUCAUGUAACUUUUAUUAGGCAGAGUGAAGACUGAUCCCGUGGCUUACAAUAUGCAAGGUCUUUUAUUUGAGCAUGGGAAUCUCCUGAAGUCAGCUGUGACAGCACUGCAAAAGUAACUUUAAAGAUUAAUUGUUCUAGUAAAGGAAGGAUGUAAUUUUAAUGUAUUAAAAAGAUUGUGAUGUGAUUGAAAUUCUAUGCUAAUGAUCUUAAAAACAUAUUUUACUAAACAAUAAGCAGGAUGUAUGUUAAAUUAAAGAAAUGCAUUUAAAUUUAAUAACUUAGGAAUUUAUUUGAAAUAUUCUUUGUUAUUUAAGCUAAUGUCCAGGGGAGAAUUGGAUAAAUUACAAUUUGAUCAUCUUUUUAUUUUAUAGAGCUCUUGAGGUAGCAGAUCAACCAACUAUAAGGGAGUCUGUAAGAAAAAACCUGGCUAGAGUCCUAAGGUGAGAAACAUUCUUUAAUUAAAUCUGCAGCACAUUGAAUUUUUGUUACUCUUUACAAAUUUUAUUAUUAUUUUAUUAUUGUUGAUUAUAGGUAUAUUUUUGUUCUUUAAAAAGUAUUUCAAAUCCUUAAUUUGCUCUUGGAUACUUGUGAAUAAUUUGUAUUAGGAAGUUCGUACCAAAAAAUGGAUGCCUAAAUUAUAAACUGACUUUUUCUUAAAGCAAACUUGGCCAAUAUGAGGAAUCAGUUUCUCUGUUUGAGCAGUGCAGCUUGAGUUCAGAUGUAGAAAACUUGUGUUUAUAUGGACUUGCCUUAUUCAAAUCUGGGAAGCUGAUAGAAGCUUUUAAAGGUAGGUUGUUCAUUUAACUUUAUAAUUUAUGGUUUCAACAAUUUAAAGAAAGUAGUAUUUCAGUUAAUCUUUAUUAAAUUGAAAAUCUGUUAUAGUAAUUGGGGCCAUAAAAUCGGAUUGCAUUAAAAGCGGUGUCGCAUUACUGUGGUGUUUUGCGUAUUCCUUUGAAUAGCAAUUCAUGUAUGAAUAAAUAUAUGAAAUUUCAGGAGCCAUUCCACAACAACGUUAUAUCCAAUGCGUGUUAUAAUGUGGUUCCACUGCAUUUGUUUAAAAAACUGUUAGACUUUUUUUUUUUAAAGGCUAAAUGUACAUUUUGCCGGAUAUAUUAACUGUUAAAGAAGAUAGAUACUUUUUUCCAUUUUCUUCAGGCAAUUAGUAGCUAUUUAACUGAUUUUCUAAAAGAAAAAUCAAACAAAAUUAUUUCUCAGCUUUAUGGUUGUAAGGAAGAAGAAGUCUUCCUUCAGCUGCUUAGAUAAAAAUACAUUCUGGGAUUUGACCUGUAAGAGCCACCUUUACUCAAGGGUGCUAAAUUUCAACCGCCUCAAAGGAUGUGGAGAAAAUAGACAAAACAAAAAACUUAAAAUCACUGAACCAUUUUGGGGUCAUGGGUUAAUUUGAAUGGGGAAGCUGUUGUUAUAAUUCUGUGCUUGUUUUCAGUGUAUGGAGAAGUCCUUACAAUGGUUGAAGGCAAACCUGCAAUGUCACAGGUUUAUGCAGCUUUAGGGAUGGUUGCUUACAAGAUUGGGGACAUCAACGAGGCAAAGUCCCAGCUGUUUAAAGGGUAGAUAAUACAUUGAACAACUUAAAUCAAAUUUUAUGAUAUAAUUAUGUAACCUGAUGUUCUGAUAAAGCAAUUAUUGCAUCCGCAAGCAACUCUGCUGGUUUAUUUAUUUUAAUAUUCUAAAAGUAUAGGUAUUGAAUAAAAAAAAAAAUUCAAAUUGCCUAACAUCAAACACAUUUUAAAAAAAAAAUAUUUUUUUUUACAAAAGAUGAUUGUUAGUCAUUUUUUAAAAUAGUUUGAUGCAGUGUUUCCCAACGUGGGGCGCAGUUAAAUUGUUAACGGGGAAAUUCGAAAUUACGAAAGAUAUAUUGAUAAAGGAGACUUUGCUUUAAAAAAUGUUGUUCAAUAAAUCAUUAGAAAGCAUCACUAAAUUCAAUUCUACAGUGUAUCAAUGCUAUUAAAGCUAACGCCAAUUGUGAGCGUCCUUUCAAGCACAAAAUGCAGACCAUGAAGUAAGGUGGCUUUCAAAAGGAAACUGCUUGAAAUAUUUAUGGAACUAUUUGAUAUUCUUGGCAAUUUUUAAAGAGAGAAACCUGAAAUGAUUUACUUGUUAACAGUUGAUAGUAAAGCAUUUGUGAGUUGUAUAGCCGAUAUCUUUGAAAAAUUAAAUAUAUUAAAUAGCCAACUUCAAGGAGCAAAUAAAACUCUUCCCUGUGCAAAAGUGAAGAUAUUUGGUUUCACUGCAGUUAUUGAAUUAUAUCAGAAAUAUCUUUGUAACAAAAUUUUGAAAAGUUUCAUUGGCUCAAAAAAUGUGAAGUGACUGAUACAGCUCUACUUUUAUUGUAGAUCAUCUAAAAAUUUUGUCAGCUGAUUUAGAAGAAAGAUUUUUUUUAGGAAAAUUUAAUAUAAAAUGAGCGAUGCCAUUGCUUUGUAAGGAAACAGAAAUCAACUAUCCAAAAUCAACCAAAUGUGUGCAAGACAAGUAUUGUUACAGUUUCCAUCUUCAUAUUUAGCUGAAUGUGGAUUUAGUGCCAUAAGUGAUUUGCUGCUAAAAAAAAAAGAAAUUUGCUUGAUAAAACACAGCUGGGGAGACUUGAGUCUGAAACUAUCUAAAUUGGAACCUAACAUAAAAUCUCUGUGCAGCAAGCAUCAAAGGCACAUUUCUCACUAAAUUAGUCAUCUCACAAUAUAUUUGUGAUCUCUGAUUGUAUUUUAAAAUGAUUAAAUAACGAAUAAUAAAUGAAAUAAAAAGCAAUUAAAAUAUUUUAGAAAAAUCCUUUCAUUUUACUUGAAUUCAGUGAACAAUUCAUUUUAUGAAUCUUGAAAAUUAUAUAUAUAUAUAUAUAUAUUACAAAGGUUGAGCAUGGCACAAAAAAGGUUGGGAAACACUGGUUUAAUGAGUUCUUUGAGAACAGGUUGAUGUAAAUGUUAAAAUAGUUUAAUGAGUUGUUUGAGAUCAGGUUGAUAUAAAUGUUUAAAUCUGAUAAAACCACAUAAAUGAAGCCAGGAAUAAGUUCUUACACAAAAAUCUUAUAACACAAGUGAGCUUAAAGAAACAAAUAAAUAUAAAUAAUAAUUAAAGACUUUGUUAUUUUUCCUUUUUAUUUAGAUUUCAGACUGACCCCCCUUCUAUUCAUGGUCUGCUGGCUCUAUGUGCACUUGGCCUGCUUCAAGAGGACAUGACAUUAACUACGGCUGCCUUACAAGAAUUAUUAAAGCAAGAAGAUAAAGACAAAUUCUUGAAGGAUAUCAGUUUGCUGCAGAUGUAUAAGUUUUUGUUAGAGGUAAAUUGUCUAAUUUUUAACACAUCAAAUAGUAAAUAAAUCAGUCAACACAUGAGCACAUUUGAUAUAAUCCUGCAAGAGGCACUAUUGCAUCUCUAUUAGUUAUUUUUAAAAAAAUCUUUACUUUUUUAAUUAUUUUUAUUUACAUUCUCCUUUGAUUUGAAUGAACUGAUUCAUUUAUUCAUUGUGUUCAUUAUAAAUUUAAUAUUCAUUUUAAUGUAUUUUUAUUAAUUAAAAUUUUAGAAAAUUAGCUGUUACAUGAUCUUUAUUUACAUAUGUAUUACUACACGUUCUUUAUUUACAUGUGUAUUAUUACUAUAUAUAUAUUCACAUGUGUACUAUUACAAGAUCUUUAUCCACGACAUGUGUACUAUUAUAUCUUUCUUUAAUUAUGUAAUAUUACAUUUAUCUUAAUUUACUUGUGUAUUAUUACAAAAUCUUUAUUUACUUGUGUACUAAUACAAAAUCUUUAAUGUGUGUACUUUUACAAGAUCUUUAUUUGCAUAAAUAUUAUUAUAUCUUUAUUUAUGGACACACUAUUACAAGAUCUUUAUUUAUAUAUGUAAUAUUAUAAGAUCUUUAUUCCCCUGUGCAUGAUUACAAGAUCUUUAUUCACAUGUGUGCUAUUACAAAAUUCUUAUUCACAUGUGUACCAAAUGUUGAUCCACAGGAUGACAAAGAAGUAGGAUUAACUCAGCUUCAGGAAGUAGUUAAAGCCAACCCAGAAAAUGAGGCAGUUUGUUCUUUGCUUUGGAAUGUGACGCUUGAACUUGCUAAGAGCGUAGAUUACUCAAAAGCUGUUGAUGCUGCACUUACUUCACUAAGUCUAGGUGAAAGUAAAACACAGGUGCCUUGUAAUUUUUUUUUUGGCUGCUAUUAGAGAAAAUCAGUUAUUUCAUCUUGUCCAUACAUUUUGAAUUCUGUGGUUAUUUAUGUGGAAUCCCUUUUUCAGCAUUGAUUUUCAUCAUAUUUGAAAUCACAUUUAACAAAAAAAAUAAUUAUUUGAUUUGAACUUACGUGUGGUCAAAUACAAUCGCUGUGACAAAAAGGACGCUCAUUAUGCUUCAAUGAGAUAUGAUAUCUGUCUGGAAAGGAUGAAGAUAUCCUGGAGAAGACAAAGAGACUAGUUGAAACUGCCAUUACGUUAGGCUUUAACACUUUAUUUUCACAUAGUGCACAGAGUAAAAAAAAACAUUCCAUACACAUGAUUUUUCUCUCUGGUACAGGGAAAAAUAAGGUACCAAGGUGGUAAAAUUCAAUAACUUUGUCAAGUUGGAUGAAGUUUAUUUUACUUCGUUAAUUUAAAUACAGGACUCUGUAUUACUACAGCUAGCAACCUGUGAAAUACGUCAAAUUGCAUCUAAAAUUCUAUCGCAUUCAUCAUCAAUCCAUUUUUAACAAAAAUUUUAAUGAUCAAUGUAAAUAACUCAAAAUUUUUAAAAAAUUGUUCUUUAAACAAGCUAUUUUUAUUUAAAAGUUGUGAUCCUCUCAUUUGUGAAUGAGUGAUGUAAACAUGUGAAAAUGCUUGCAGAGCAAAGGGGAGAUUAUUAAUGAAUCAUUUUUUGUGUUGCUAUGUUAUAUGGAUGCUGUUUGGCAUCUUAUGGACAUAAAGUGUUGAAGUCAAAAAGUAAAAAAAACAGGUCAUGUGAAAAAAUUCUAGAGUGGAGAACACAAUUACCUUGAACAAAGCCUACUGGAAGAUGUGACAGUUUUAGUACCUAGAAAGGUCACAACAAGCUGGAAGAGCACUAGCAUAUCAGUACAGAAGCUGGAAGACGGCUAGCAUAUCAGCACAGAAGCUGGAAGACCGCUAGCAUAUCAGCACAGAGGCUUGAAGUUUUCACGGCUAAAGCCCUGAAGGAUCCAUAGAAUCUUCUGGCCAAUAAGGAACUGAGAUGUUGAUGAUGACUGAUAACUAUUGCAGUAACAGUACAGGCAUUUCAGCGGAGAAAGCUUGGUCAUGUUAUUAGAAUGCCAGUAAGCUCAGUCAGUAAAAGUACAGGCAUUUCAGCUGAGAAAGCUUGGUCAUGUUAUUAGAAUGCCAGUAAGCUCAGUUCCCAGCACAAAACUGAGUUAGAAAAGCCAGCGAAAAUUGAAACUGCAGAACCAAAUAACUCAAGAAACCUGGCACAGAACAACUGAAAAGGAUAUGCUGAAUCCUGAACCUGCUGAUAGCUACCCCAGAAGUAGCCGAUAGACAGAACUGGCAAUCCUUUGCCGUUGCCUAAGUGCAGGCUGAUAGAAUGAAAGAAUGAAUUUAUAUUGCUUAUAUCCUAUGUGACGCCUCAAUGUAUUUACUUGAGAAGAAUUCAUUGUUAUUAGUUUAUUAUUUUAUAAUAAAUUUUGUAUUAAAACGUUUAUAUUUAUAACUUUUAUUUAUUAAUGUUAUAUAUUAUCAAUUAUUUGUUAACUGUCAAUGUUUUAUUAGCAACUUUUCAAGAGUCUGGGUCAGCUGUUGCUGGGAUUCCAUCACAGAUUACAAAGUAACAAAAAUGCCUUCAAAACUGCACAAAGGGCUUUCCAUACAAAUCCAGGUUCGAUCAGUGUUAAUAAACAAACAAAUAUUGUUUCUUUCAAUAUUAGAAUUAUCCUCAAUUUUUAUUGAAAUGUUUCUUUGAGAAGGUUUGAUUUAUCCACACCUAAUACCAAAUACUAUUUCAUUUUAUUAUCUCUUUGGUUUUUUUAUAUUGUUAGUUUUGAAUUAUGACAGUAUUAUAAUGGAUCAUUAGAAUUUACAAAAAUAACGACCCAUACAGACAAACAGAGAUCCCUUCAAAUGACUUGAGGUUUUUAUACUUAUUUGACCAAUUUAGUCAUAGAAAGUACAUUGUACGUAGGGAAUGAAAAUAAUUACUAAAAUGAAAGUGAAUAGACAGAACGUUAGUUAACAUGCACUUUGAAUAUUGUUAACAUUUUACGCUCCUUGGCUUAACAAGCUUGAUCUUCACCAGCAUUCGACAUAGUUUCUUUUAUUUAUUAAUUUUAGGUUGUCUUUCAUCAUUGAGUGUUCUGGCUUGUGGUACUUAUGCUGAAGCAGUGAUAAGAAAAGCGCUGAAAGGCGAUGAUCAGCUGUUUAAAGUUGAGAAAGGUUUUCUAGAACUCCUACUAGAGAAGGGUAAGAAACAAGAACACAACAUUAUAUAUAUUACUUUUAAUAUAAAUCUGAAAUAAAAUAAGAUUCAAAUAGUUGCUUUAAUUUUGUGCAAAAACUUCAGUCUGCUUAGCAUUUAUCACCGCAAACACUGAAGUAUAAUUUAUUAUACUUUUUGGAAUUGAAAUAUAUGAAUUAUUUAUUUUUGUCUAAUUUUUAAAAUUUUGGCUAAAAUUUUAAUUUUUGUCUAAUUUAUUUUUUAAUGUAUUUAACUUUAAAAAUUUAAUCUCCUAUUUAGACCUCACUCCUGAACUUAAUUCAUGGUGUCUGCAAAUGCUUAUCAUUAACUCUAUUGAGUUGUGUGAUGCCAAAUCAGCCCAGUCAUUUUUGUCCAAGUUCCAGGACAAGAAAACUUUGGUGAGUUUAUAUGGAAUUGUGUCUGUAUUCUUUCUGUGCCAGUAAACCAAUGUGCUUGAAUCUUUUAAAUAUAACUGAAAAAAACAACACAUUUUUUACUCCAUUGACACCCAUUUGUGUGUGUGUAUGUGUGUCAGGAUACCACUGUUUAAUUCCACUCACAGGUUGGCUGUUGGGCUGAGAUAUCCAUAUCAGCAUAGUAUAUCUCAGUAGCUAGGAAACCUUAAAUGAUUUCAAACCAGCUUCUUCUUCUGGGUGUGAGAUAGACAACUCUACAAUUGCACAGCAUGGCUGCUUAUAAAAAGGACUAUCUUGUGUAUGCACCCCAGGAAAAUAUUUUAAGGAAUUUCUGUUACAUCUUUAAAACUUACGAUUGAAAGUUGCCUGGUAGUUUUGCUCUUAAUUUUCUUCAAACCAUUUUUUGCUGAUCAAUAAUCUUACCCUUCCAUGUUGUCGAGAUGAUAGAUUCUGUAUUAUUUUUGUUUGUUAUUUUCAGUCUAAAGAUGAAGAGUUGUUUGUCAAGGCCAUCACCUCCUGUCUCACAUCACAAACUGGCACAGGGGAAACAACAAAUCACAGUAUCUAUUCAAGACUUCAAAUCCUGGUAGGCAUUUUCAAUCAAAUAAAUACAUUAUUUCUGGGGUUUUCUUUUUUUAAAGUUUUAUUUGAAAUGUAGGAAAGAUAAACAUAUUUGUCUAUCUGUAGUAAUACACAUCAAUAAGUAUUUUUACUUUAUUUUGUUUUAAGAAUCAUCUUGAACUAGAUUGUUUCUUAAUUUUUUUUGGUGUUUUAUUCAUUUAAGAUAUUCUUGUUAAGUUUAGUUAAUAUAAACUAUUUCAAUAUUUGUUGUUCCCAUUGAUCAGGGGUUGGCAAAUUUUGAUUUCAAAGGGGCAAAUUGUGAAUAUUUCAAGCUCUGCCAAUCAAGAAGCAAACUUACUUAAGUAGGGGUUGUCAAAAUGUUCAUGUUGGUGGUUGAAAAUGCCAGCAAUGCAUUGCCACAAUAAAGAAAAGCUAGGGGGCGGGGAGAUGGUAGUCACUUUUUUAGCAUCACAAGGUGUCAUGUAAAUAAACAUUAUUACUGCCAAUACACUGGCCAGAUGUCACAAAAAGUGGGGAAGGGGGUUUUAAUUGUGUAUUAGUGAGGGAUUGGUGUAAAGGAGUCAAUAUUUGGUAGGUGGGUUUAAAUAUUAGUAUAAAGUGAAUUGCUUGACAUCACAGUGGAUAUCUUCAAGUGGUGUACUACAAGUGCUAACAGUCGUAAAGUAGUGUAAAACGUAAAAUGCUUUUUUUUUUUUUUUAGCUCAGGGGUUCUAUAAAAAGAGAUGGUGCGCUGGAUAAGGCCCAUCCUUUGCCAACCCCUGUCAUAGAUAAACAUAAGAUUUAUUAGUAUAAAGUGAAUUGCUUGACAUCACAGUGGAUAUCUUCAAGUGGUGUACUACAAGUGCUAACAGUCGUAAAGUAGUGUAAAACGUAAAAUGCUUUUUUUUUUUAGCUCAGGGGUUCUAUAAAAAGAGAUGGUGCGCUGGAUAAGGCCCAUACUUUGCCAACCCCUGUCAUAGAUACACAUAAGAUUGAAGCAAAUAUAAAUGAAUUUGAAGCAAUAAAGUUAAUCUUCUCUUUACUUCAUCAUGUAGGAUUGAACUUUAAAAAAAAUGCAAUCAUUAUUUUAAAAAUAAAAUUUUAAGUACUUAAGCCACAUUUUUUUCAGACAAAAUGAGACAUAAAAACAUGUGAUUUAAUAAUUUAUGUAUACUUUUGAAUUUUUAAAACGUAUUGCAAAAUAUUCUGUUCAGGUGAACUAUGCUUUGUGUUACAAACAUAAACGAUUUGAUGAAUGUUUAAAGACAAUGAAAAUGUUAUCUUCAAAUGCUGUACCAAAUGGGUAAGUUUCAUAUCACCUGUUGCUAUGCAGCAAUAAUAAUGUAUUGUAUUCAAUCGUAUUCAAUUAUGAGGUUGUACCAGAAAUGGGAAAAACAAACAUUUAAUAUGGCUUAGAAAUUUGUUUCAAAUUUAAAAAAUACGGACCAUGGGGCUCUUGUCUUGUAAGUGCAAGUCAAAACAACCUUAAGCAAUGCUUUAUUUGCUUGGAAAUGUUGUAUCUUACACAGUUACAAAAGUACAGGACAUUAUAUAUUUUAGCUACCUAAAAAAAGAAUUGGCAGUAUAUCUAUAUGUAGCUUAAGGCAACAAAUAUUUAAAAGCAAAUAAAUUAUUCAGGGGAUUUAAAAAUUCAUGAUAAAUUCUGUAUUUUAUUAACAUUGUUCUCUUUCUUAAAUUAUUUUCUAUAGAUUUUAUUGGGAAAGAAUAUCACAUGCUGUAUUUUGUGGUCUCCAGGUUAGUUUUAUUAUUUAUGCCUUUUACUCUCAAUUUUUAAGGUAAAUUUUGCAACAAUAAUUAUGAUAAUGAACUCAAAGAAUUAGCUCUUUAGUUUAUUGAUGUAUUGUAUAUCAUUAUUUUAGAAACUCUACUAAUUAACAUUUAAUGGACUAAGUAAUUGAAACAUAAACUUAAUAAACUUUUUUUUACAGGAAAUACCAGAUGACUCAAAUUUUCAACAGACCCUUGAAGAAGCACAAAGUCUGAAUAGUCAGGAGUUGAAAUCACCAAUAAUUUCUGUGAUAGGGGCCAUCAGAGCCCUUAGUGCUGAUGAUAAAAAGUAUGAUUUUUGUCAAGUGAAUAUUUCUUUAUCAUAAUAUCUAAAUAUAUGAAGUAUGAAGUUUCUUAAAAAACAUGUGAUUUCUAAUAAUUGCCUGCUGAUUAUCUCAAAUAUUUUAUGUAAUUCCUAUUUUUAUAAUCUUUAUAUCAUUAUAAAUAUUUUAUUAUGGCAUGGUUAAUGCAAAUAAUUAAAGUCCCUCCAAAACAAAAUGUUUUUCACUUGAUUAAAGUGUGUAGGAACUCAUAAGCCUCUCAUUAACACCAUCCCUGAGACUCAUCAAGAAAGAAACAAAAAUAGAGCUAUCAAUGCAAGAUGAAUUUUUAAAAAAAAUGCAUUUGUAAUACUUAAAAAAAAAAAAAAAUUCAGUAUAGACAUUAUAGAGUGCAGUUUGAGAACAUGGGAUGGCUUGUUUUUGUGUUUGAACAAUUAUUUUGAUAUUGUUUCAUGAUAUUGGCCUCAGUUUAAAAUUGUUAGGUUAAUCAGAAUAAUUUGUCUCUGUUAUUAUUUAACAUGCUGAAAGUGAAUCUGUAAAAAUUUAUUUUAAUUUGUUUAGGAUCAAUAAGAAAUUCUAUUGUAUAUUGUAUUUAAAAAUCAACUUUUAAUAUAUUUAUCCAUGUUCAUUCUUUUAAUAUGAAAGUUUGAAAAUUUUCAAAAUAAUAUUUUUGCAAAAAUUUUCUCUAAUAAAUUUUUAACAAUUUCUGUUCUCUUCAGGCGUGCUAAAUACUUUUUUGCUACAGCAUUAGAUCAAGUUGAUCCAGACAGAGAGAUUGGUUACUGUAGCUCCUUGGUCAGGCAGUGGCUUGUCAAACUUUUAUGGGACUCAGCUAAAGAGGGUGACCAGAAGUUAUUAUCUGUAAGUUACCUUGCAAAUGUUGAGGCAUUGAAUUAAUAUUUAAAUUGAAUAUAAUAGUUGAUCUAAUUAUUUUUUAACUAUAUUUUUUAUGGCACAUUUUAAAAUUCUAAUAAUGAAGGGAGUUUCUUUUUCAUUCCCUACCUAAAUAGUUUUUAAAAGAAAGACUUUUGAGAUAGCUUUUGUAAUUUAUUUUCAUAUUUGACUGCAUAAACAAUUUUGUUUAUUCCCAAUAUGAAGAGACACAUUAAGGACAUUUAAGAUUGAGAUAAGCUUGUUGAUGAUAUGAACUCCAUUUUGUUGCUGACAAUACUUAUACUCAUUUUGUUAAUACUCAUUCACAGGCUCUGAUGGAUGAUGCAAAAGAGAAAAGGGACACUAAAGCCUUAGAAUUAUACAAGGAAUUAUUAACCAAGAAAUAACUAUCAUGUUGUAGUUGAAAAUAAACCUGUUAAAAUGUGAUCACAUCAUUUUAAGAACAUAUCCUUAUAAUGAUUAGUUUUUAUAGAGAUAAUUUGCUUCAGAGAUUCUUUUAUAAGUUGAAUAUAUUAUAAAGACCCUGCAUUAUUUCUGAAUAAAAAAGACAUUAUGUAUUAGUUUCUUUUUAAGGAUCCUUAAAUUAUUUAUUUCAAUCUGCUUCCUUUGCAUGGGUUUAAUAUGUAAAGAGAAGUCUCUUGUGCUUAUAAAUUGUACACAAUUUAUCAAGUUAUUGUUUUGUUUUGCCGCAAAAGUUUUUUUGGGUUUAUUCUGUAGACUUCCUGUUAAAAUUGUUCUAGACGUAGGACUUUUGUUUGUUUGCUUUAGGUGGAUGAUUUCUUUAAAAAUACUUUAUAAUCACAACUCCCCCACCCCUCUCAUCUUUUCAACCAUUAUAUUUUGAUGGGUAAACUUAAGUUCUAAUGAUUUACAUUGUUUCAGAAUAUUGCGAACACAAAGUCUAAACUAAACUAGGUAAAAUCUAAUAAAAAAAGGGAUUCAAACAAUAUUCACAUGUAUUAGCUUGCUAUUGCUAAUUGAUUUAUAGUAACAUGUAACUAUUUUGAUUUUUAUGUUUAUGAUAUUUGUGCAUUUAAAAAAAACCACAUAAAUAUUUGUAUUUUAAGACGCUACCUAUUUUUGAAAGAAGGCAAAACGAAACAUAAAUCAAGUAACAAAAAAAAAAAAGAAGAAAUAAAACGAAUGAACAAGUGAAAAUCUUCAAUUGUUUAAUAUU